GUGCUUCAGCGGAAGCUCCAGCAGGGCUUCCCAACACCUGGAUGGAUCGGACGGAGGAGGUUUCCCCCCCUGGACGCGUCUAAGCAGGUGCAGAACGCCAUGUCUCGUCCGGAUUUCUCCCUCCGCCGGAGACGACGCGCCAUAGGGGCCAUGUGGAGCGCGCCCACGUCCGUCACGGGAGGUGAAAAUCAUCAACAACUCCAGUGAGGAAGAGGAAGGUGGCGGCGGGGAGGGGGGCAGCACUUUGUUGGAGAUAAUAUCUGUCGAGGAGGCAACCAAGAAGAGAGGAGAUGGUAGAGAAUGGCCGCACCUGACCUCCUUGACCCCAAAUCUGCCGCCCACAACUGCAAGCCCCGCCUCUCGUUCUCGGCCAAGCCGGUGGUGCUGACGUGCGCCGAGGAAGACGAGUGCGAGGGCGCUCGCGCCACCGUCAUGCGCUGGAAGACCGUUUCUGCCAUCUUCUUCCUGGUGGUCAUCUACCUGGUCAUCGGCGCCACCGUUUUUCGGGCCCUGGAGCAGCCGCACGAAAGCUCCCAGAAACUCGCCAUCUUGGCCGAGAAGCUCGACUUCCUGGCCGUGCACGCUUGCGUUAAUUCGUCAGAGCUGGAGGAUUUGGUCAAGCAAGUGGUUUCCGCCGUCCGAGCAGGUGUGAACCCAUCAGGAAACUCCUCCAACCAGAUGAGCUUAUGGGACCUGAGCUCUUCAUUCUUCUUUGCGGGCACCGUCAUCACCACCAUCGGGUUUGGUAACAUCUCCCCUCACACAGAAGGUGGGCGGAUAUUCUGCAUCAUCUACGCGUUGAUGGGGAUCCCUCUUUUCGGCUUCCUGUUGGCUGGAGUGGGCGAUCAGCUGGGCACCAUUUUUGGCAAGGGCAUCGCCAAAGUGGAGAAAAUGAUCGUGAAAUGGAAAGUGAGCCAAACCAAGAUCCGCGUGAUCUCCACGUUGCUCUUCAUCCUGUUUGGCUGCCUGAUCUUCGUGGCUUUGCCAGCUGUCAUCUUCAAACACAUCGAGGGUUGGAGCACGCUGGAGUCCAUCUACUUUGUGGUCAUCACUCUCACCACCAUCGGAUUUGGAGAUUUCGUCGCCGGGGAAAAAGGCGGUUCCGAAAGUCCGGAGUACCUCAAGUACUACAAGCCGGUAGUGUGGUUCUGGAUUCUGGUGGGUCUGGCGUACUUUGCUGCUGUGCUCAGCAUGAUCGGCGACUGGUUUCGCGUCAUCUCCAAGAAAACCAAGGAGGAGGUGGGCGAGUUCCGAGCUCACGCCGCCGAAUGGACGGCCAACGUGUCCGCCGAAUUCAAAGAGACCCGCCGGCGUCUGAGCGUGGACAUCUACGACCGCUUCCAGCGUGCCGCGUCCAUCAAACGCAAACUGUCGUCGGAGCUGGGCAUCGGCACCUCGGCCAGUCAGGAAAUGACACCGGGUAAACGGACACUGUCGGCCAACCUGGGAGAGGACCGUGAGGUUUACGCCAACUUGACUCUGUCGCUCACGCCGGGCACCCUGACCCGGAACGGAAGUCUUUUCCUCAACGGGCUAAGUCCGGAUUUUGCAGACAGAAUGGAGGUUGCGGUGGUUGAAAACACCAAAUGAGUUCCACGUUCAACAUGACCCUCGUCGAUGUGUUCUCAUGGGAGUUUAGUUAGAAACUGUCCAAAAAGAAAAUCCCCAACCGAUUAAUUCCAUAGACUUCAUAAUGAUAUUGACGGGGCGCGGUGCCGAUUAAUAGGGGGCCUGCAUGGUUGGCGUGGCCGUCAAAGCUGACCGAGCGGAAUCACAGACAAAGAGCUUUUUUUGUUGAAAAUUCUUGUGAAUAAAUGCUUAAAUCCCUGAAUUCUUUAUAGAUAUGGAUGCAAAACAGUCUCGGUUCAUGGUUAAAAGCAACAACAACAAAAAAAACAUGCAUCCUGCAUUUAUUUUACGAAAAUAUGUCGAAGUACGAUCCUAGUCUGUUAGUCAAUGUGGCGGCUGCCAUAUGUAAACAGAGCUUUUCCGGUGAAAAUUCUUGUGAAUAAAUGCUUAAAUCCCUGAAUUCUUUAUAGAUCUGAAAGCAAAACAGUCUCGAUUCUUGGUUCAAAGCCAAAAAAAAGUGCAGUUAGCAUUUAUUUUACGUAUUUAUGUCAAAGUACAAUGCUAAUCUGUAGUCAAUGUGGCAACCGCCAUAUGUAAACAGAGCUUUUCUGGUAAAAAUACUUGCUUAUAAAUGCUUAAAUACCUGAAUCCCUGAUAUGGACGUAAAAGAGUCUCGAUUCUUGGUUAAAAGCAAAAAAUUGUGCAGUUAACAUUUAUUAUACGUAAAUAUGUCAAAGUACAAUGCUAGUCUGUAAGUGAAUGUAGCUAGCGGCCACCUGAUGUAAACAGAGCUUUUCCGAUGAAAAUUCUUGCAAAUAAAUGCUUAAAUCCUUGAAGUCUUUACAGAUAUGGAAGCAAAACAAUCUCGAUUCUUGGUUAAAAGCAAAAAAAAAAAAAAUGCAGUUAGCAUUUAUUAAACACAAAUAAUUCAAAGUACAUUGCUAGUCUGUUAGUCAAUAUAGCGGCCGCCAUAUGUAAACAGAACUUUUCCGGUGAAAGUUCUUCUGAAUAAAUGCUUAAAUCCCCGAAUUCUUUAUAGAUAUGGACGUAAAACAGUCUCCAUUCUUGUUUAAAAUAAAAAAUUUUAAAAAAGAAUCAUGCAGUUAGCAUUUAUUUUAUGUAAAUAAUUCAAAGUACAAUGCUAAUCUGUUAGUGAAUGUAGCUAGCGGCUGCCUGAUGUAAACAGAGCUUUUCCGAUGAAAAUUCUGAAUUCUUUACACGUAUGGACGGAAAACAGUCUCGAUUCUUAUUUAAAAGCAAAAAAAAACAUGCAGUUAUCAUUUAUUUUACAUUAAAUCAUUCGAGUUACUUUGCUAGUCUGUUCGUCAAUAUAGCGGCCGCCAUAUGUAAACAGAGCUUUUCCGGUGAAAAUUUUUGCAAAUAAAUGCUUAAAUCUCUCAAUUCCCUAUAGAUAUGGACGUAAAACAGUGUUGAUUCUUGGUUAAAAGCAGAAAAAAAACCUUGCAGUUAGCAUUUAUUUUACGGAUAUAUAUGUCGAAGUACAAUGCUAGUCUGUAGUCAAUGUGGCAGCCGCCAUAUGUAAACAAAGCUUUUCUGGUGAAAAUACUUGUGAAUAAAUGCUCAAAUCCCUGAAUCCCUGAUAUGGAUGUAAAACAGUCUCGAUUCUUGCUUAAAAGCAAAAAAUUGUGCAGUCAACAUAUAUUAUACAUAAAUAUGUCGAAGUACGAUGCCAAUCUGUUAGUCAAAGCGGCGGCCGCCAUAUGUAAACAGAGAUUUUUACGUUGAAAAUUCUUGUGAAAAAACGAAAAAUAUAAUAUCGUCAAACAAAUCACUGCUGAGACAAUCCUUGCUGUUUGAAUGCGCUACAGCUUUCGUACUUUUUCAACCUAAAUCCGGCGUUGGAUCGCUGCAUGUGUCGCUCCGACCGACUGCGAAUAACUUGGCGCAGUGAAGGCCGAAUCUGAUCCGUCAAUAUCAUUAUGAAGUCUAUGCUCAUUCAUUGCCCGCGGUUUUAGAAUGUUUCACAGAAUCAAGCACCGAACAUGCCAAAUGAAAAUGUAGACUCUCUUCUGUCAGUUGAAAAAAAAAAUGUUUGACCAUAGGUUUAGCUCAAAAUGGGGGUCUGGAUUGAUCAAUAAAAAAUUGUAACUAUCUCAUAAUCGAUAUCAGCACAAACGAUUGACAUCUUCACCAAGGUCAUAAACUACUAAAUUCUGAUGAGAACACACUUAAAAUGGAGUCCAGGAAAAAAUAGACUGUAUCAAAUGCAUGAUGCAAAAGCUCAUGAAUAACUAAACGCAUCCGUAAAUCCAGAACGCAAUAGAUGGAAUUGUGCUCAUCUACUAUCAAUUUACCCCACGAGGUCCAAAACAUCUGCAUCAGAUAAAAGCGGAUACUCGACACAUCACCCCACAAUUAAGGAAUGUCUUUUCUUCUCAUCGUUUUUCUACACCACCACACAUCUAUGCCUUGUAUGUUUCCACACAGUUUGCCCCCGCGCUCACCAGAUGAAGAUGAAUGUUGACGGGGUUGUUGUUUUUUUAAUAUAUAUAUAUUCCUGGAUGAGUGACAGGCGGCGCUUCACCCCUAAGGAAUCGCCCACGUGUGCCUUACUGGAAAGCCCACAAGUCAACAUGCAUGAAAGACAAGACAGUAGAAACGCAGUGUAUGUUAAGAGUCUUAUUUUUAUUCCUGUUGCCACUGUGUCAAGAAAUGAGAGACUAUUUUAUCUUGGAGAAAAUGAAAUGUUCUCCAAAAUGCGCUCACUUCAAGCUGCUUGUUUGUGACUCCCUGCUGAACACUCACAAGUGUCAAAUAUGUUGUUAUUUUUAAAUAUUAUAUAUUUAAUUUUGGCAUGCUAAAAAUGAUUAUUCAGGAUUAAGUUGAGCUUUACUUCAAUCUUGGACUCAACGACAAAGAUAUUAGUUGCAUUACUUGGACAUCGUGCAACAGAUUGUUUCUGGUGUGCACCAGAUAGUUUCUAGUGUGUACCACGUAGUUUCUAGUGCGCACCACAUCCUAUCUGGUGCGCACCGGAUGGUAUGUUACUAAAUCCUGUAUUAUCAUAUUUAGCACGUCGAAACUGCUGGUGUCUGACGUGCACCUAUAGAAAGGAACUUUCUAGGUCUCACCAAAUAGUUUCUAGUGCACACCAGAUACUUUUUUUGGUGGGCACCAAAUAGUUUUCUGGUGCGCACUAGAUUGUUUUGUAGUGUGCACCACAUACUAUCUUGUGCAGACCAGAUUGUUUCUCGUGUGCACUACAUAGU